AGUGGUGCGUCGUAAUAAGUGUUUCCGUUUUUUCCCACCCUCAGUUGCACCAUCACGCAGGUGAAAUGCAGUUACAGGUUAUCGUUCAGCCGUUGCAUUCCAGGCUGAUCGAGUUAUGAAUUAUUGCGUAUCUGCAAUCGAUCCAAACGCUCGCGUAACUAACGGCUUUUCCAAGCCACAGUGCCAAAUCUUCAAUGCCACUGUUGCCUUGUCAUUUUCCCUUAUUUUACCCAUUUUCAUUAGACUUGGUUUUGUUCUCUGGAUGGUGAUUGUGAUAAUUACGUCCCACGAACCCUCUUGCUCAUAGUGUACACAUUUUGCCGUUCCAAGUCCACUACACGACUGCACCAAGCGCACUAAUAAAUCAUCAAGUGCCUUUUAAAGUUUGAUUUAUUGCUUUUAUCUCGGAGUCUCCGAUAAAUUGCGCCAUUUGUGGAUUUCACGAGCCUUUUGAUUUGCGCUGAGCGCCGCGGCUUGGCAUACAGCUUAAGCACGUAAACCCCUUUGAUACGUGCUCUCUGCAGUGAAUGGAAGUGAUGGUAUUAAGUAACACUGCGGAUUAUGAACACUAGCGGAAAAACCUUAUUUUGAAGAUAAUUUCUCGUUUGUCUGGCGAUCCAUCGAUUGGAGAUUCAAAAAUCAGCUAGGCCAUGACCAUGAUGAAACACGCUCAAUCCCCGUGUUCUCCCAGUCUGGAUGAAGUCCAGAUCCGUCCCUCUCCGCAACGUCCCUUCGACGUUGCUGGAUCGCCGUCGCGUGAGCCCCUCGUGCCGUGCGACAUCUGCGGGAGGAAAUUCAAUCCGGCCAAUUUGGAGCGUCACACGACCAUCUGCGAAAGACUGGCGCAGAAGCCCAAACGCGAAGCCUUCCAGGCCAUUGCUCAGCGCUUGGCCCAUGUUGCUCAGGAGGACGCCAUCCGGCCUGUGAUCCGCGAGAAUCUCGAGAAGCAGUCUGCGGAUGAAGAUGGUAGUGCUAUGUCCAAAGGCCUGCCCGUCAAUAAGAAACGCCAACCCCCGCGGGCGGAACGACCGGAAGUCAAAGCCAAGGAGAUCCCUGCUGGGCAUUCCAGAUGUGAAUACUGUGAGCGGACAUUCCGGGAGAAGGCGUACGAGCGGCAUGUGGAUUUCUGUAAGCAGCAGUACGAGAUCAAACUGCGGAAGCAGGCGUCCGGGGAGAAUCCGCAGUCGGUGCUGCUCAUGCGGCGGAUGAAAUACCGACCACCGCCGCCGAAAUCGCAUCGCAAAGCAGUCAGUGCCUUCUCCAGCCAACACGUGACGCGUGCCAAUAAAGAGGGCACUGGCAAGAUUGCCAGCAGUCAGUCGGCCAUGGCCAAGCUCAAUGCCACGCCGAAUGUGAAGAAAGUUCCUACCAAGCCGAAGGGCUUUGUUACGCCCUCCGUCUACGCCCAAAAACCGCGGGAGAAGAAAUUAUACGAUGAUCUGGGCGUCGGAGACGCUGUGUUGUCGAAGACUAGUACGCCGGCAAUGUUCAAGAGCACCGCAUCGCCGGCGAGUUUUGGAUGUGCUGAAACACUGAUUCGCACGGCGUCGUUGCGGAUGAAAAGUCAGAAUAAUGGGCAACUUAAAGAUGCGUUCAUCCGUGAGCGAAGCAAUAAUCCUGUGGCCUUGCCGAAGGAAACGGUUAUAGAUAUGAAUGCACGGAAGCCUGGUGCGAAUAAUUCGGUUUUCAUCCAGAUGGAUGAACGAGCUUUCCAUUCAGUGGAAUCCUUGCGGAAGACCGAUUUUCACAAAUUACCCGCUACACCGUCGCCGCCUGCGAAUCUCACUCACAAAGUCCAGUCGGUGGCUAUGGGACAUGACCGACCGUAUCCGUUUAAUGUGGCGUCGCAGCAGAAAGAGCGGAUGAUGCAGCUGCACAGAUCGAAUUCGGUUAAAGCCAAAAGUGCCUCGGUGGGUACGAUCAAUGUGGACUGGGAUAGUUUUCUCAAACCAGCCGCUCUGCGGAAUACGACUAAUUCCCGGCCGGAUAAUUUGCGCUUUUUCCAGUGGGAUGGCGACCGACUCCGCGCACCCACUGAUCAGGAUAAUCUGACAAAAAUUCCCGAUGAUCUGACGGAAAACUUUCGGAAUUUCACGACGAAUUCGCUGGAUGGUCGCUUGCCAUUGCUGUCGCCUUCACCGCUGAUGGAACGCCGACAUAAUGCAUACAAACUGCCGGUGUCGCACGAAGAAAGCGUGGAGGACGCUUAUUUGACUUCGGAAAGUAACAGCCCGUUGUCGCCACCGGGCUCCAUGGGUUCGAUCAAAAGCAGCGCAAUUGGAUCCUUUGCUUCUGUCAAGAGUAGUGCCAUCGGAUCUCUAUCGUCUUUUUCCAGUGGAAUUCCGGCUAGUAAUUAUCCAACGAUUACAACGAAACUGCCGUCCAUUCCGCAUUUCUGCCAUAAUUGUGGCAAACGAUUUCCCAUCGAAGAAGCAGCCUUUUGCUGUCAUUGCGGUAUGAAGCGUUUGGUCAACUUGACAGAGUAAAUUUUGCUUGCCAUUGGUGUUUUUCGUUCUAAGAAUUGACUCGCACUUGGUAAACUGGCCUACCCAAUUUGCGAGAGCUGUGGUUAAUUUAAUGCAAUCUUUCUUGUAUGUCAAUAAAUUAUUGUUAGUUUGG